AUGUCGUCUGACGAAGACGACGUAAUUUUGCUUUGGUGGUGGGCACGUCAAAAAAAAAUUUCAAAAAAACGUCGUUAUUGGGUGCAUCCGAUAAAUUUAUCUAAUAUAUGUUCUAGUACUAGUGUUGUUGCAAAUGAAUUACAUAGCGAUCCAGAUAAAUUUAAAACAUUUUACCGCAUGAGUAAAUGUAAUUUUGAUAAUUUAGUACAUAUAGUUGGGCCAAAAAUCUUCAAAAAAGAUACAAACUUCAGGAUUGCAGUACCAGUAGAAGAAAGAAUUUUACUUACAUUACGAAUUUUAGCCACUGGGUGUAAUUUUAGAGCAUUGGCUCAACAUUUUAUGAGAGGAGAGACAACUGUUGGUAAAAUAAUUGCAGACACGACAGAAGCUAUUUGGGAGUGUCUACAACCUAAAUAUUUACCAGUACCAAGUUUAGAAUUAUGGAAAAAUAUUGCUGCACGUUAUGAUCUCUUAUGGCAACUACCUCAUUGUUUGGGCUCAAUCGAUGGCAAACACAUACCUACGCAUAAAAAAAUUCAAUAA